AGCUGUCAGGACCAUGGUCAGGAUAAGCUUUAUGUUCCUCUGGCAGUAGGAUUCGCAAUACUAUUGCAAUGUCUUAUUAAUUUGAAAUAAGGCACUACUUAGAGAAAUAUGUAGUAGUGAUGUAUUACGCUGGUGUAUCAGUGUUAUUUUAAUUAUAACCUCCACGAAGGUCUUUGUUUUAAACGCUACCAAGGCAAGCUAGCUAGAGGCACAACCAUCGUUUGCAACUCCAGGAUGGCCCAUUCAGACAGCAAAGUUCUGGUUCUGGGUGCCUUGGCUGGAGUGGCUGGCAUCGGCUUGGCAGUGGCAUGUUAUCAGGGCUUCAAGAUGAGACGGAGAGCCUCAAUGCCAGCACAAUACCUGUACCAUAAUAAUGAACUUGCGACUGGCAUGAUGUUUGUUGAUAGUCCGGGUCUGCCCGGGCCUCAGGUUGAGGUGUUGCACCGCCUGGAGGCCCUAAUUCAGUGUGUGUCAGAGCUGAAAGAAGAGAUGAAGGCUUUGAAGAAUGCCAUUCCGGUGGUGCAUGGUCAAGUCAGCGAAGAGCUGGGGGGAGGUGAUAGGAUAGAAGCACGUCGAGCUGCUGCCUCUCACAGGAACACGCCAACACGGAGGAAAAGGGCUGCAGUGAGCAUCGCUGGCGCCAUAGGAGGGGGGCGGAGCUCUGAAGAAGCAGAGAGUGAAGGAGGGUAUAUAACCGCACUGACAGACUCCGAUGAAGAAGAGCAAAGCAAUGAUGAACAAUGGGAGGAAAGGCAGGACACAACAAACAAAUUAGCGGACCUACUUGAAACGAUCGACUCUUUGCAUCAGGGGACAGAAGUUGAAAAAAGGGAAAGCCUCUGUAUCCUAACAGCAAGACGAGAAGAGUUUGGACAGAACUCAACAUUUCUUUGGCGGCUAAUCAGAGCUUACUGCGAUGUUCAUGAUAUCAGCUCCACACUAGAAGAAAAGAAGGAACUUGCAGAAUCUGGAAAGCAGGUUGGCGAGGAGGCAGUGGCACUGAACCCGACCUGUGCUGAAAGUCAUCAGUGGUAUGCCAUCAUGUGUGGUAUUUUGGCUGAAUAUGACACAAUGCAGAACAAGAUCAAGAAUGGCUAUAUUUUUAAGGAUCAUCUGGAUAAAGCAAUCGAGCUGAAGCCUCAAGACCCCAUGUCCUACUACCUGCUGGGCCGCUGGUGCUACGCUGUGGCUCAAUUAUCCUGGAUCGAGAGGAAGGUUGCUGCUGCAUUAUUUGGGGAGCCUCCCAGUGCCUCAAUUGAAGACGCAUUGGCAAAUUUUCUGAAGGCUGAAGAAAUCCAUCAAGGAUAUUCCAAACUCAACUAUGCAUUUCUUGCUAAGUGCUACAGAGAUUUGGGACAUAGAGAAAAGGCGAGGAAGAUGUUUGAAGCUGCUUGUUCAAUGCAAGCUGUCUCAAAAGAGGAUGAAGAAGCACAGAAGGAGCUGGAACUUAUUUUCCCUGAACUCCAAGUGUAACACCUGGCAGACAAAUUGUUAUAGGUCCGUGCGUGUGCAUGCGCGUACGUGUGCACAUAGAGAGCAGACCGGGACAUCAAAUGAGGUGACGACUUGUCCAGGGUGUACCCUGCCUUCUGACCGAGUGCAGCUGGGAUAGGCUCCAGCCCCCUGCCACCCCAAAAGGAACAUGUGGUAGAAAAUUGAAGGAUGGAUGAAAGCAUUUCUUGUCAUCAAUCGAAGCAAAUUGGCAGCUUGAGUUUGAGCCAUCAUGCAGUUUUUAGUGUAAAAUAUAUAUUAUAAUUUGGGCUGUCAAAAAAGGUGUUUUUGUCUGUAUUUAAUUACGCAAAAAUUUUGGACUUCAUUAGUGCAUGUGCAUAAUGAAAAUAAUCAUGAAAAUUGGAAUAAUUUAGACAGCCGUGAAUGGUGAUUAUUCAUGAUAUAAUAAUUGGAAACUGGGAUUACUCCGUUUUUUUAUAGUCAUUUGAGUUCACGAAAUCAUGAAAACAUAGCCGGUGUGGUGUGGCCCCUGUAAUGCUUCAGUGUGCAUCAUUUCCAAUGGGAAAGUGAGCCUUGUUGGUCCAUUCUUGCGUCCUGUUAGUGUUGCUACCCAAAUUCAACUCAAUUCAAAUACUUCAUGUAUCUGUUAGGAACUUCAGAUGUGAGAUUCAGGAGCAUAGAAAAAAGGCACAAAAUAAAUUCUACUGAGUCAUGAGUCUACAACCAAAGCAGAGAACUGCUACAAUGGUUGGUUGGUUUAUAUUUAAAAUUGGCUCUAUUUACCUGCACACAUAUUUUAUCACAUACCUGACUUUUUUAAAUCACCACACACACACGCACGGAUUGUUGCCUCUGGCUUCUGUCCACAGUCAAAUGGGUGACAUUUAUUAAUGGCUUUUUUUUAUCUAUCACACACACACACACGUGACUGAAAUUGCAUGUAGUUACACUUACGACCAUUAAUUAAAUCAACACAUCACAGCUGUAGCCAUGAUGUACUAAAGUAGAACUAUGCACCACUUACAAAUAUGGGCAGCAGAGAUCAUAUUUGUCAAUUAAAAGAAUACAAUCAUAUUGUAUAAAGACUCAUCUUGAUAUUUUGGGCACUGUUGCCAAUUUACAGUAAUCUUUAAAUACAGCAUAACAAAGUCAUGUAGUAAUUCGGAUGUGUUUCUGUGGCCGGUAUGGUUUAUCUGUUUUAGACACGCUCUAAUAAGAUACAUAAAGGAACAUCACAUGGUGUCAUUUGCACAAUUCCACAAGGAGUAGGAAGAAGCAGAGUUGAUUUAUUUCUACCCUUUUCUAUAUCUUUCUAUGUAUUUUACAUGAAAGGAAAAGUGAUGUUGAAAAUGAGUGUGCAGGUUAACAAUGUUCUGUAGCAGAAGACAAGACUCAACGUACAUUUUUUUGUUUUAAUUUUGUAGGUUGUUAGUGAAUGUUGAAUUAUUAGGUUUGGUGGUGGUAAUUUUUGGACUGUUUUAUUCAUUCCGAAUUGUUUUCAUGGCUCUGCUGUCAAUCUAAACUUGAUGCAGGUAAGGUGUGCAUUAUUUUUUUGUUGUUGUUUUUUUCAUGUUUACAAUCAUUUAAAGUCAGAUUUUUUUUAAAGUAAUUAUUUGUCUCUUCAAACAUGUGUACAUGUAUGUUGAAUGUAUUUUAUUGCCAAGGUUAAAGGUUUUAAAGGUGCAGGUACACUACAUGAAGGCUCUACUUUCAGUGUUUCCCACACCACUGCAAUCUAUUUAUGGCAGUGGUGGGUUAUGGACGUGGAGUGGGCAAUUUGUUUAUAUUUGGCCAUGUGGCAUUUUCAAAAAGUAUAUAUAAACAUGAAAAUCAAAACAAA